UAUGGUUAUUUGAUGGCCAAGAAUGGACGCGCGUUGUUAUUUUCUAAUAAAAUUAAAACGAUUCGCUACGUGUAAAGAUAAUAAUUGUAUAUAGUGUCGCAUUAUACUACCUAGAAUUGACUUUACCCCUUAAACUACCUGAUGAUAACCUAUCCACUAGAGCCGACCGGCAACAGCCUAUCGUGAAACUUUCGCUGUGUUCUCGGCCACAUUCGAGAGAAAGUUCCCUUGCGUGAGCCUUCAAGUGGUCGCCUGGUGUCCCCAUGCGGACGAUGUGGUGCUAGUGGCGGUGGAGGUGGUAGCAAGUGGUGGCUGCUCGGAGCUGAUGAUGGAGAGCUUCCAGGCGAGCGGGGAGGAGAUCGAGCGCGCGCUGCGGGACCUGGGCCCGCUGCUCGGAGUCAGCAUCAAGGAGGAGGCGCCGGACGAGCUCGCCGACAGCGCCCCCACCAAUGCGGCAUCCGAAGACGGCUCGUCCGACCCCAAACCAGGCGAGGGCGCGGACUCGCUGGCGUCCCCGGCGGCGCGCGGGCCGGCGGCGGAGCGCUGCGUGCUGUGCGGCGCCGCGCUGCUGGCCGCGCCCGGCACGCCCAAGCUCAUGGAGUGCCUGCACUCCGCCUGUGAGCCCUGCCUCAAGGCCAAGAUUGACGAGAAGCAGAACUCUAAUCGGGACUUUUUGGGUGCGGAGCGCAUAACGAUCACGUGCCCGGCGUGCCGGCUGCAGUGCCAGCCCGCCAACAUGGUGGACCAGCGCUUCGUGCUCGAGCUCAUGUCCGCCGACCAGGCCAGCUCCACAGGUCCGGUGUCGGGCUCGCAGCAGUGCAACAGCUGCGGCGACGGCGCGCCCGCCACCUCCUACUGCACCGACUGCGCCGACUACAUCUGCACCAGCUGUGUGCAGGCGCACCAGAGGUUGAAGAUCACAAAGGAGCACACAAUCAAAUCUCGUGAGGAGGCGCUGCAGGAGCAGCGCGCGGCGGCCGGCGCGGGCGGCUCCCGGGACAUCUACUGCACCGAGCAUCCACAGGAGCGUCUAACCCUGUUUUGCGAGACGUGCGACCGGCUGACGUGCCGCGACUGUCAGCUGAAGCACCACCGCGACCACAAGUACCAGUUCAGCAGUGAGAUGGCCGCGCAGGCUCGCUGCAACAUCUCCUCCCUGCUGUCCGAAGUGUCCUACAAGCGGGUCCUGCUGGGCUCGGCCAUGAAGGUGAUCGCGGAGAGGCAGGCCCUUAUAGCGGACAAGAAGAAGGCGCUCGUGAGGGACAUCACCUCCACCGUCGUCAAACUGACGAACGCGAUCAACACGCGCGGCAAGCAGCUGGUCCUCCGACUGAACGCCGUGUGCGACUCCAAGCAGCAGACCCUCGCGGAGAAGAAGCAGGCGCUGGAGCAGCUGGCCAGCAUCACCGAGCACUGCGUCAGCACCGUCACCGCCUCGCUAGAGCAGGGCAGCGACACGGCAGUCCUCUACAGCAAGCGAGCGAUCUGCGCACACCUGCACCGCAUCAAGAGCCGCCGCGCCGACAUCCCCAACCCCGACAUACCUGUCAGGAUCAGCCUGGCCUUGGAUAAGCUGCCCGAGCUCGUUAAAGUGCUAUCAACAAUCGGCGCCAUAGUCGUCGACGGUAAAGUCGACGGCGCGGCGGGGGGCGCGCAGGGGCCGUACCACCCGCCCCCCGCGCCCCCGGCGCCCCCCGCCGCGCCCCCGCACCCCGCCACGCCCCCCGCGCAGCAGUCGGCGGUCGUCGCGUUGCAACAUGCCGCUAUGCAACAGACAUUGGCGCGGUAUCAGUCGUUCGCUUCGCACCGCUCGGGCUCGGGCUCGCAGUUCAACAUGCAACUGCACAUGCGGCGCAACCCACCGGCGCUGAGACAUCCGCAUGUGACGUCCACCACGCACCCACACAUGCACGGUAUGAACGAGCUAAAUCUCCGCGGCCUACUGAACCAAGCGGGGCUGACCCAGGCCGGGCUCACCCAGGGUCUAUCCCAGGCGGGGCUGACCCAAGCCAGCCUCACCCAGGGCCUGUCUCAAGCCGCCAUGAGCCAGGCCGGGCUCGGCGCGCGCGCGCUGCAGGCGUCGCGGCAGAACCUGCAUCAUCAGCAGCAGAACUAUCAUUAUCAGCAGAUGAUGGCGCAAUACGGCGGCGGCGCGUACCAACAGCAACACCCGGGCCGCCUCCCCGCGCCCCGCACCCCCUCCCCCGCGCCCCCCGUCGCCGCCGCCGCCAGCCACGGACCCAAGUGGCACAUCCCGCAGCAUCAUCAGCAACAUGGCGGCAGCGGCUACGAGCCUCUCUCCGCCGCCAGCGGCAUGGAGUACAAGAUCACCCUCGCGCGCCCCGCGGCCACGCCCCCCGCCACGCCCCCCGCGCCCGCCGCCGUCACCUCCACCAACCCCAAGACGCCCAGCCCCAGCCUCAAUGGCGGUCUGGGCGGCGCGGAGCUGGACAAGGUGUGCGCGGCGUCGGUGCAGGACCUGAUGGCCACCAUCGCCAAGCUCGACUCCAACGGAGUGCAGGUGCUGGCCGAGACGCCCGACCCCUGCGCGCCCGACACCAGCACCUCCAAGCCCGCGACCCACACCAACGCAGACCCCAACGAGGACUGGUGCGCCGUGUGCAUGGACGGCGGCGAGCUGAUGUGCUGCGACCGCUGCCCCAAGGUGUUCCACCAGUACUGCCACCUGCCCACCAUCGACCAGCUGCCCGGUGAGUCCGAAACCUGGCAGUGCCUGCUGUGCGUGAACUUCGCGGAGCUGCCCCCCGACCCCCCGCGGCCGCCCGGCGCCCCCGCGCCCCCCGCGCUGUCCCCGCGCCAGCUGAAGAUCAUCGAGCGCCUGACGCUGGAGCUGUACUGCCAGUACGAGCCCAGCCUGCCAUUCAGGGAGCCCGUAUCGGCGGAUAACACGGAUUAUUAUAGCAAGAUCAGCUCGCCGAUGUGCCUGGACAUGAUCCGCGGGCGGCUGCAGGGCGGCGCGGCGCGCUACUCGGCGCUGCCGCAGUACCUGCGCGACGUGCGCCUCCUGUUCCGCAACGCGUACUUGUACAACCCGCCGGACUCGCAGAUCUACAAGGACGCGAAACGUCUGGAGGAGUUCUUCGACGCACAGCUGGUGAAGCUGCUGCCCGAGUACGCGUACUGGCAGGACAGCGACGGGGACUCGCCGCCCAAGCGGGCAAGGUACGAGUGAGGCGGGCCCCGCGGCCCCCGCCCCCGGCUGAGGCAGCCCC